GUGCGUCAAAAAGGGUUCAAGAAAGACAAUAAAAAGCUCCCUGCCAGCUGCAGCAGCAGUACCUCGCCCACCUUCAACUUCACCUGCUACACAAAGACCACAAGGAAUCCCCCGCUCCCGCUCCUGUCUCUGCUGAGCUCGGAGACAUGCCUUGUGAUUUCUGCCCCAGCGAGAUAAAGCGCGGAGCGGUCAGGUCGUGUUUGACGUGCCGGGGCUCGUACUGCGAAGCGCACCUGCAGCCACACUACGAGACCGCGGGGUUGAAGAGGCACGCGCUGGUGCAGCCUCUCAGAGAUUUCGAGCAGAAGCUUUGCAAACAGCACCAGAGAUGGCUGGAGAUUUACUGUAGAACCGAUCAGAGCUGUAUCUGCGCGCUGUGCAUAGACAGCGACCACUCGGACCAUUCAAUUGUCUCAUCAGCGAAAGGGAGGGUGGAGAAAAAGAAGGAGCUGGGGGAGAGACAGGUGGAAAUAGAAAAUCUCAUUGAGGAGAGACUGAAAGGGCUGGAGAGACUGAAUCAGGCUGUGGAGUCUCUCAAGCUCUCAGCACACAAGGAAAGGGCUGAAAGCGAGCAGGUCCUGUCUGAGCUUAUCCGCUCCAUUGAGAGAAUCAGGACGGAGGUGGGAGAGCUGAUUGGAGCUAAAGAGAAGGCUGCAGUGAGUCGGGCCAACGAGCAAAGGGAACAACUGGAGCAGGAGAUCCAGGAGCUUAGACAGAGGAAGGCUGAGAUGGAGCAGCUUUCUGAGACAGAAGAUCACAUCCACUUUCUGCAGAGUUUCCAGUCUGUCUGCGCCCCUCCUGCUGCUCAGCAGCUCUUUGAUAACAUAGAUGACUCUUUCUGGACUCUGAGGGAAGCUGUGUCUCGACUCAAAGACCACCUCGAGGGAUUCUGGAAGGUGGAGUUGAUGAAAGCAACUAUAGCAGUUGACGUGACUCUGGACCCUGAUACAGCACACUCCUAUCUCAUCCUGUCUGAGGAUGGAAAACAAGUCAGAUGUGGAGAUAAACCACAGCCUCUCCCUGACAAUCCAAAGAGAUUUGAUAAGAAGAGUUAUGUCUUGGGCAGGGAGGGAUUCACCUCAGGGAGACACUACUGGGAGGUGGAGGUGGUGGAGAAGAUACGCUGGGUACUAGGAGUCACCAGAGAGUCUUCUCAGAGGAAGGGGGGCAUCACUGAGAAACCCCAGCAGGGAUUCUGGGUUAUUUGGUGGAAUGAAGAAAAUAAUCUGUUCAGUGCCGUCAGGGCCCCCCGGACCCCCCUCCCCCUGAGCCCGAAGCCCCGGAAGAUGGGGGUGUAUCUGGAUUAUGAGGGAGGGCAUCUCUCCUUUUACAAUGUGGAGACCAGAUCUCACAUCUACACUUUCACUGACACCUUCACUGAGAAACUCUAUCCAUUGUUUUCUCCUGGUCUUUAUUCCUCUGGUAAGAACGCAGCUCCACUGAUCAUUUGCCCGCAUACCUACACAGAUUAAUACAGAUUACCAGCAUGAGGAACAUGGUCACAGGCUCCCCUUUUCUUGUGUUGAAGAGAUUUUGGUCCCUUGUUUUUAUCCUUUUUUUGAGAAAUGCAAAUAUUUUAAAGAAAAAAAUACGGUAGCUAAAUCUAAUCAGUGGGAAGGAAAUAUUUUAAAGCCUUAUUUAACAAAAAAAGCCUGUGUUUAAAAAAAAUAAUUUACUUCUUACUCAUUUUGUCCACCAGGUGUUGCUCCGUAUAAAUGAAUAAUUUGAGUUUUUUUUUUUGGAAAGAGACUUUAUGCAUGAAAUAAAUGUAAUGUACUGUACAGUACGACAGGGGACCCAUUUUUGUGUGACACCAGCCUUGUGUAGCCAGAGCUAUUGUCCCUCACCUUCCUGGAGUGCUAAAUUUAUCAAACAAACAAAAAAAAAAACUUUUAAAGCAAUUUAUUCUAGUUUCUUUUUAACAGCAUUUAUUCAAGAAUAGGGAUGUUCAGAGGUGACUGUAAUCUCUUUCUCUUAUUAAUACACGCUGUUUGUGCUUCAAUCAUUCUGAGUGUUUCUGUGUUCUGCAGCUCCUCCAAUAUCAAGUUCUUAUUUUAAAUCUACCUUUACCUGGCUGUGAGCUGCUGUGAUCUCAUCUGGAGAAUCCUAACAGCUGGGCGCAGGACUGCCGUCCUCACUCCAUUCAAGUCUAUAUAAAAAUAGAGAGGGCAGGGCUGGCAGAGUUGAAAGGUCACACUGUCACAUGAUGUGAAUGGAACAUUCCUGUCCUGGUCACAAAAGCAAAGUUUGUGGGGAAUAAUAGCCAUUUUCUAUACUUUUGAGGCAUAAGCAAUUAGGAUAUAACACUUACUACCAAGGAACAAAAAUUGUGUUACAUAGUGUUAUAAAUGAAAAUGAAGUCUAAAGGAUGGAUGUUUUGAAAUAUUUGUAUUGUGUUUUAAUAGCAUUGCUUGCGCUUUGUGAUGCUAAAUAUUUGAAUAGCGGUGUCACACAGCGGC